AUGGCAACUGGUGACUGUGACUGUAAAGUCGGGUACUGGGGUUCUCAAUGUCACCGUCAGUGCGGAAACUGUUCUGGAGGCACAUGCAUACAACAUUCAGGAUAUUGUGAUUGUAAUGACGGUUUCUUUGGGGUUCGAUGCACGUCUGUGUGUGCAUCUGGUUGUCUUGAUGGUAAAUGUAAUGCAAGUACAGCUCAUUGUCAUUGUAAAGAUGGGUCCGGUUGUGAAAAUAUGACUUGUGAUAAAUUAACGGGAGAGUGUGAUUGCAUAUCAGGGUACUUUGGGGAAUUAUGUGAAACGCGAUGUAGUUCAAAUUGUGAAUAUACAGAAUGUGAGAAGUUAACGGGACGAUGUGAUUGCCAACCCGGAUAUUUUGGUGCCACUUGCUUAGACCGCUGUAACUCGCAUUGCUCCAUAUGCUUAAGAGAAAGUAGUUGUACCAAAUGUAAAGCCGGUUUUUAUGGAAAGGCCUGUGAAGAACAUUGCGCAAAUGGUUGCAUCAAUGGUGAAUGUGAACAGGAGACAGGGCGUUGUUUAUGUCAAAACCGUUUCUAUGGCGAAUUUUGCGAAAAUGAGUGUUUUGAACACUGUGUGUCUUGUUCCUCACAAUUUGCAUGCCUAAAGUGUAUUCCAGGCUAUUUUGGCAAAACUUGUAAUAACUCAUGCCCGAUUGGAUGUUCUUUGUCGGAUUGUGACAAGGAAACAGGACGUUGUGUCAAAUGUUGGGAGGGGUUUCAUGGGGAUCGUUGUUUGCCAGAAACCAGCAUUGUGACGAGUGAGAUCGCGCCCGACACCGACCAGGAAGACCGAUACGAACGACUGCAACGGAGGGACGGGGAUGAGGAGGUGGGACUGUACGAUAUCGUUCAAGGGGUAGAUACUCAUCAUACGUGA